UUAAAAGUAAUCCGCACUAAACGAGUUUGGCAAUAAAAUGAAAAGGCUCCAAACUAUAAUUAAUACCUUUGGUAGUUAUCAAGAGCCCUGCCAAACUCUUCUUUCAAUCUGCCAUUUUAGUUCUCAAUCUUAAAUCACCAAAUCCUAAUCGGUAUGUAUAUUUAGUGGAACUCCGAAAGCUCUUAGCUUGUUAUUUUCCCUGCCGGAAUUCAUUUGCUGCUCCAGUUUAAACAAUUGAUCAGGUGAAAAAAUGCUCUCAGGUGUUAAAUUCAUCUCCCGGGACAAAAUUGAUGAGGGGGAUGAACGAAAACUGAGUAGUAGUAAGAAAGAAAAGAGGAGGAAGAAGAAGUGUUCAGAUUACGGUAGUUCGGAUGAUGAAGGGGUUGAGAAAAUUAGGAAAGGGUCCAGGAAGAAGAAGUGGUACUCUUCCGAAGAGUAUUCGGAUUCGUCUUCAUCAGAUGUUGUUAGUGAAGGUAGCUUAGGAGGUGAGAGGAAGAGGUGCAAGAGUCGAAAGGAUAAGGGUAAGAGGCGCCAUGAUGAUGAGAGUGGUUCUAGGAGGAGUUUGAAAAGAAGCAAACAUGAAUAUUCUUCGUCUCCCUCCGAGAGUGAUGAGGAUGGUCGUCGAGGAAGAAGGAAGGGUAGGAGUAAAGGUAAAGGUAGGGAUCGAAAGGGUGAUGAGUCAGAUGUCUCUGGUGCUGUUGGAGAAUCUGCCAAUGCAAUUAACAUUGACAUUGAGAGAAAAGAAAUGGGAUUGGACUGGAUGCUUAGACCAGCUGAAAGAUCUGGCAAUAGUGCUAAGGCGGUAAUUGAGGAGCAGCAAGUAGAGCCCGGACACGAAGAGACACAAAAAGUAAAUCCUAGAGAACUGAAUCCGUAUCUGAGGGACAAUGGAAGUGGCUAUCCAGAAGAUGCAAAUGAAACACAGGGCAGUAGUGAACAACUUUUAUCAUCUUCCUUGGUGGGGGAUGGGGGAGCAAGCUGGAGAUUGAAGGCUUUGAAGCGUGCACAGGAGCAAGCAGCACGCGAAGGACGAAAUAUUGAUGAAGUUGUUCAAGAACGAUGGGGAGAUCUUGGUAAUCUUGCAAAGUCUGUUGUAUCUCGUGGUGCUGCUCCUUCUCGUGCUCAUUUGCAUGCAAUUAAAUCCCGGAGGAUGGGAGCAGCUGGAGAUGUUAAAUCAGACUCGAAUAAUCAAAGUGAAAAGGAUUCUGAAAGGGAUUCGAGGCGUGAAUCUCUGAGAGAUGUCUCUGUCCGUCAUCCUGAUAUGAAAGCACCUAAAGUUCAUGAUUCCUUAUCCUGGGGGAGAAGGAAAGGGCAAAAAUUGAGAAGCGAGGAUGCAGCCCUGAUUUUAAAUGCUCUUUCUAAUUUAAAUAAAUUUUCAAAUGAUGGAAACUUUAUGAAUGAAUUCAUGAACCAUCACAAAAGACCUGAAGGUGGCUCAGAUGAUGCUUUAAACUCAAAAACUGAUGCUAUACGGGAGGCAGAAUCUGAUUCAGCAGUUAAGAUUAGUGAGGAGAAGCAGCCUCUGAGUGCUAAUCAACUCGCCGCAAAAGCUAUGCAGCUAAGACUGAAAGGAAAACAUGAGGAGGCUGAAAAACUUAUGAGAGAAGCUGAAAACAAUAAAUUGGAUCACCCUCAAGAGGACAGAUUAAUAGAACUAAAAAACGACGUCUGUGCAAGCAGAUAUGCUAUGCAAGAUAAACAGCUGCGGCAUAAGGGGAAGGAAGACGAUGGUGAUAGGCAUUUGGCGCAAACAAUAAUGAACAAUAAAAAAUAUAGCACUUCUACUCAGGCUGAUGAUGAAUAUGACUAUGAUGGAGCGCCCGCUAAAAAGGGCAAGAGGAAAGGUGUUGUCCAUGAGAGUAAAUUUGACGGUAGGAAAUCUAUUGCAAAGCGUAUUGUUACACAGCAGGAGCGAUGCAUAUUCUGUUUUGAGAACCCAAGUAGACCUAAACAUCUGGUUGUAGCUAUAGGAAAUUUCACGUACCUGAUGCUGCCGCAGUUCCAGCCAGUUGCCCCUGGCCAUUGUUGCAUAGUAACAUUGCAGCACGAACAAGGCACAAGAAUGGUAGAUGAUAAUGUUUGGGAAGAAAUCCGCAACUUCAAGAAGUGCCUCAUUAUGAUGUUUAAAAAGCAAGACCAAGAAGUAAUCUUCUUGGAAACAGUGAUUUGGUUGGCAACCCAGAAACGUCAUUGCUUGAUUGAGUGCAUUCCUUUGCCCCAGGACAUGGCGAAAGAAGCUCCUCUGUAUUUUAAAAAGGCAAUUGAUGAGGCAGAAGACGAGUGGAGUCAGCACAAUGCAAAAAAACUAAUUGAUACGAGUCAAAAAGGGUUGCGUGCUUCAAUUCCCAAGAACUUCCCUUACUUCCAUGUUGAGUUUGGGCUUAAGCAGGGAUUUGUCCAUGUAAUUGACAACGAAACAGAUUGGAAAACCAGCUUUGGUCUCAAUGUCGUUAGGGGCAUGCUAAAGUCUCAAGAUGAAAAUAUGUAUCGUCGAAGGAGGUAUGAGUCUAUUGACAUUCAGAAGGAAGCUGUCGCUGCAUUUGCAAGAGAUUGGGAACCCUUCGAUUGGACAAAACAACUUGACUGAGUUGAAAAUCCCGAUUUCAGACGGGUUGUAUUUUGCCGCAGAAUAAUUGAUUGAUUUUGUUAGAAAAAGCAAGAUAUUCGCAUUCUCGGAUUUUCACUGCUCCUUUUCAAGGUUUUACAUGUAAAGAAAGAGUAAAACGUUCUGUUAUUCAAUUUUGUACCCACAGAUCAAUGAGUUUCUUGUUC